AUGAUAAGCGGAAAAAAAAGAAAAAGAGUUGAAGAAUUUAUUGACUCUCAAAGAGGGGCAAUUGACAGAUUUAUUGUCAAAGAAUCGAAAAAUUCAUCACUUGAAGAUUUGGUUAAUGAAGAAAAACAAGAAAACAAUGGUAAUGAAUUACAUGAAGGCUUAGCCAUUGAAAAUGAUAUAGAGAGAGAUGUGAAUGAGAUUGAAGACAAUGAAAGUGGUGAUGACUUAGACUUUAAAAAUAAUUAUUCUGAAAGUGAUGAUGAUGCUAUUAAUGAAGUGAAUGAAGAAUCAAGUUCAUCAAUUCCACUUGACAUUUUUUAUCCUAAAAAUUGGGAGAAUUUAGAUCCCAAGUGGAAGGAUCAAUUAGUGGAAAAGGGCCCUAUAAGAGAUAUAUUAACAGGGAAAGGUCCAAAAGAUAGAUCAAAUAGACGAUUCUCUUCAGAUUUUUAUACUCGGAUUUUGCCAAAUGGUCAAAAGCGCCAUAGAGAUUGGUUGAUCUACUCACAAGCACUUGAUAAAGCAUUUUGUUUUUGUUUCAAGUUGUUCAAAAGGGGGCCUCAACCAAGUCAACUAGAAAAUGAGGAAUACUGUGAUUGGGGGCAUCUGAGUAGUAGACUUAAAGAACAUGAAACAAGUAUUGAGCAUAUCAACUAUUAUGUUAGUUGGUCGGAGUUGCGUAUCAGGUUAAUGAAGGCAUUUCGUGGUAGUAAUGAGAAACUUUAUGAUGAUAACAAUGGAAAUUUUAUGGCUGCUAUUGAGAUGAUUGCUGAGUGGGACUCAGUGAUGAGGGAACAUAUUGAAAGAAAUGCACAUCAUCAUUAUCUUAGCCACAAAAUUCAGAAUGAAUUGAUAUGCUUGUUAGCUUCUCAAAUAAAGAGUUCUAUUCUUGAAAUCAUUAAAAAAGCUAAGUUCUUUUCUGUAAUACAUGAUUGCACUCCUGAUGUUAGUAACCAAGAGCAAAUGACUUUAGUUAUAAGAUGUGUUGAUGUUUCUACAAACUCAAUGAAAGUAGAAGAAUACUUUUUGGGAUUUUUAAAAGUGGAUGAUACAACAGGACAAGGCUUGUUUGAAGAAUUGGAAAAUGUGUUGAAGAGUUUUGAUCUUGACAUUGAUAAUGUGAGAGGGCAAGGAUAUGAUAAUGGGGCAAAUAUGAAAGGGAGGCACCAAGGUGUACAAAAAAAAUUGUUGGAUAUAAAUCCUAGAGCAUUGUAUACUCCAUGUGGUUGUCAUUGUUUGAAUUUAACACUUUGUGAUAUUGCAAAUUCCUGUGGCAAAGUGAAAGACUUUUUUGGAGUAGUAUAA